GCGCCAGUUGUUUAUUUGAUUUUAUUUUUUGGAAUAGAGAAGGUGGAGAUGGCACAAUGGGCCUUUGCCUGGUGGUUCUCAGGUGGGCUGUUUGUGCUGAGGAGUUGAGUCCCGAUGCAAGCGCGGAGCGGAGCGGGAAUUAAGAUUAAGUUCAGAUUAGAGUAGAGUAGAUGAUCGAUAUCAAUCACUCACUUAGCUCCGCUAACACAAAUCAACAAUUAGAUUCCGCGUAUCUGAUGAAAGAUCAUUGAUAUAAGUUAUGGUUAUACUCAAGAUGUGCCACGUCGAUUGACAAUUCCUGGAUCGUUGAGUCCAUGGGGCUAGCUAUGCAGUUUUUGUGGGAAACAUCCAACAAUGGCGGCCAACUUCGGGGAGAGACUACUAGCAGAAGUGAGAGAAGAGACGCUUGAUGAGUUUCUGCAUGACCUGAGAGCUUUUAAACCAGACCAAGGCGAUGAAAGGUCGUUUUUCUUGGGUGUAAAGGAGUUGGAUGAGCUCCUGGAGCUCUUCCUCCCUACACCGGCGUCUGCCGCGACGGCCAUUGAACCACCACGGACACAGAUUCCUGCAUCUACAUUUGCAGGGUUUGAUGCUGGCUACGACAGUGGAUUCCCUGCAGGCGCUGCAGGUUACGAAGAAGAGAAUGUAGAUGAGUACGGAACGGACGUUCCUGUCCCAGUUCCUACGCCUAGACCUGCCCCAAAUCCGAAGAGAAAGCAGCCAGUGGUAGAAAUCACCAGUCCUUCCUCUGCAGCGGGGAAGACGCAACUGCUUUAUUAUUUGACUGCCGUGGCUAUCCUGCCAUCAUCGUAUCAUGGAAGAGACCUGGGUGGGUGUGACGCUGCUGUCGUGUACAUUGAUACUGACGGACGAUUCGAUGCCAAUCGUCUCGGGGAUAUUGCUUCUGGCAUCGUCCAGGAGAGGCUGAAGGCAUCGUCUUCAAAUCCCGCUGAUAUAGUAUCUAGGGAGGAAAGAAAGGCGGAAGGAGAUGACAUAGGAGAUGACAUUAAUGCCCAAGAUAUCAACGAGCUGGUCUGCAACGCUCUCCAACAUGUCCACCUCCUGCGCCCACAGUCAUCAUCAUCUCUUCUAGCGACGCUUCAACAACUGGAUGCUUACCUUUUAGACGUCUCCCGUCACCACUCUGCAACACGUCCUCUCCACGCCAUCUUCCUCGACAGCGCGAGUGCCUUCUUCUGGCAGGAUCGGUUGCGUGAUGAAGUCGCUAGGACGGAAGAGAUUGGACGUCCCGCAGCAGAGAUCGACAGAGACCGUGAUCAAGGGCGCAGUUUCCAUCUCGCGGUGCUGUAUCGCCGGCUGGUAGUCGAAUUGCGGCGGCUUCAGGCAAUUUUCGACUGUGCAGUCGUAUAUACGACAUGGGGCCUCUCUCGUACAAAGAGUUCUUCCGACUACGGUCCUACGUCGUCGCAUUCUGGUAUCAGACCUCAUCUUCCUCCACCAUGGGGCACAUUUCCUUCUCUGCGUUUAGUUGUCCAGCGAGAGCCGGUCCGACGCUUUCCUCCUGAGGCAACCCUCCAGGAGGCGGAGCGAGAUGCGCCAUUACGGCAAGAAGUCGUGGCUCGUGGCAAGUUCUGGGCAUGGGUAGAUACCUGGGGACGAGAGGAGUGGCCACGUCGGAUUGUGGAAGGGCUGGAAAGGAGAAACGGAGGGAGAUUUUCCUUCUGGGUAAGCGAUAAAAUAGUUAUAGGGGAGGAUAGUGAUCAUCCCAUGUGAUGUGAUCGCGUCUAGUGAAAUUUGAUUCGAAUUCUAUCGAUAUAUGGAUGACGCUCUAUCGUCCGAUGCUC